UCCGCUCCCUCCCCCGGGCUGGCGGCCAAGAUGGCGGAGCUGAGCGGCGGCGGGUCUUCGUCCUCGCAGCCGGGCGGCGGCGGCGGCGGCGAGGCGGCGGCGGGCGCCCUGAUCCGCGUGACGGUGAAGACGCCGAAGGACAAGGAGGAGAUCCUCACCGGCGAGCGCAUCUCCGUCAAGGAGUUCAAGGAGGAGAUCUCCCGGCGGUUCAAGGCCAAGCAGGACCAGCUGGUGCUGAUCUUCGCGGGCAAGAUCCUGAAGGACGGAGACACGCUGCUCCAGCACGGCAUCAAGGACGGGCUGACCGUGCACCUGGUCAUCAAGACCCCCCAGAAGGCGCAAGAUCCUUCAGGGGCUCCGGCUGCUUCCCCUCCCGCCCCCCCCACCACCACCACUUCACCGGCUGCCGGGGCUGUCCUUGCCGCCUCCGCGGCUCCCGCCUCGCCUGCUGCCCCGUCUCAGCCACCCACGUCCAGCAGCAGCCUUUCGGAGGCGGGGAACGGCAGCUGGAGAAACAGCACGCUGGGAGGCACGCCGGCUCCGGCAGCAGAAGGGACCCCCGGUGGCGCCACCUCCAUUCUGGCCGGCUUUGGCGGCAUCGCUGGGCUUGGCCACCUGGGGAUGGGCUCUGCAAACUUCAUGGAGCUUCAGCAGCAGAUGCAGCGGCAGCUGAUGUCCAAUCCGGAGAUGCUCUCCCAGAUCAUGGAGAACCCACUGGUCCAGAGCAUGAUGUCCAACCCAGACUUCAUGAGGCAGAUGAUCAUGGCCAAUCCCCAAAUGCAACAGCUGAUGGAACGGAACCCAGAAAUCACUCACAUGCUGAACAACCCGGAGCUUAUGCGCCAGACAAUGGAGUUGGCGCGCAACCCGGCUAUGAUGCAGGAGAUGAUGCGCAACCAGGACCGAGCCCUGAGCAACUUGGAGAGCGUCCCCGGAGGGUACAAUGCCUUGCGACGCAUGUACACAGAUAUCCAGGAACCGAUGUUCAGCGCUGCCAGGGAACAGUUUGGCAACAAUCCUUUCUCUGCUCUGGCUGGGAAUUCGGACACCCCAAGCUCGCAGCCUCUGCGGACGGAGAACCGGGAGCCGCUGCCCAACCCUUGGAAUCCUGCUCCACAGAGCCAGGCGCCGGGGAACGAAGGGAGCCCCGAGCCAGUGCCAAGCCAGGCCACACCCACCGUCUCCAACCCUUUGGGGAUCAACGCGGCCGCUCUGGGGACAGGAAUGUUCAGUAGCCCUGAAAUGCAGGGUCUCCUGCAGCAGAUCUCAGAGAACCCUCAGCUGAUGCAGAACGUGAUUUCUGCCCCUUACAUGCGCACGAUGUUGCAAGCCCUUGCCCAGAACCCAGAUGUUGCAGCUCAAAUGAUGGUAAACGCCCCGCUCUUUGCUGGCAACCCUCCGCUGCAGGAGCAGCUGCGCCUUCAGCUGCCGGCCUUCCUACAGCAGAUGCAGAGCCCCGACUCGCUCUCGAUCCUGACAAACCCCCGUGCCAUGCAGGCUUUGCUCCAGAUCCAGCAGGGGCUGCAGACGCUGCAAACGGAGGCCCCGGGCCUCAUGCCCAGUCUCGGGUCUCUUGGAACCCCUCAGCCGCCCCCGCCUUCUGCCGGAGGAAGUGCCAUCCCGGAGCCCCCCAUGCCCAGUAGCUUGACCACUGCCAGCGCCUCGCCAGCCGGGGAUGGCGGCCCCUCCCAGCAGCUCAUGCAGCACAUGAUCCAGCUCCUGGCCAGUGCGAACUCACAGGCGCAGAGCCCUGAAGUCCGGUUCCGGCAACAGCUGGAGCAGCUCAGCGCCAUGGGCUUCAUCAACCGCGAGGCCAACCUCCAGGCCCUCAUCGCCACCGGAGGAGACAUCAACGCCGCCAUCGAAAGACUGCUGGGCUUCCAGCCCUCCUAACGCCAUCCGAGGCUUCUCUGAUCUGCCCCGGGCGGCCGGCACGCAGGGACCUUUCCAGGAGCGUGCCGUUUUCACACCAACCCUGGUAGCUGCCCAUCCCGUUAAAGACUGGAACAGAAACCCCUCGAGUGCAGCACAGCCAGUUCGGUCGUGCACCAAACGGUUUAGAUGCGCCAUCGUGCAUGGAUUCCAGUUCCCGUGACUGUUUUGAACCUGUCCUUCUCCCUUCUCCUCCUUCCUGCCCCCCCCCGCUUGGUUCUCAAAAUUAGGCUCCUCCCUCUAGUCCGUAGAAGUGUAACUUCUAGAUAACCCAAAUGAUUGUGUUCGAUUAAUUUCCCCUUUGCAUAGUUUUUUUCCCCUUCCCUGCUCCAGUCUCCUUCCCACCAGAAGCUAAACCAUGAGGAGAGGCCAGCUGUGGUUUUUCUGUCCAAAGAUGGGUCUCACAGAAGAGAUAAAGAUGGGACAAUACUGUUAAAUGCUAGUAAAAAUAACGGAAAGGUCUUAUGUCACUUU